GACAAGCAAACUCGCUUGAUGUAGACAAUCCAACACCCCUCUCCCACGGGCCCCUUACUUCAAGAGCUCCGAAAGAUGCUCCGAAACACUGCCCUUGAUAUUAUACGAAUUACAUUAACAUCUGCAAGGAACAAAUGCCCCUUAAAUCAAAACUCAUCUUUGUCAAGACCCAUCUGGGAUCUCCCAUUUUCAAUUGUAAGUAAACUCUCUUAGCCCCGCUUGUCUUUCCACUUUAAUUCCCUCAAUUUCUUGGUCUCUUUCACAUUCAUACUUGGUUUUCUUGCCCUAAUUUUAAGAUCUGAUUGGUCACUCAAACGGGAAAACUUAAGGUUUGAGUAUCUGGGUUUUUCUUGAAUCUUAAAUCCCUCACAUACCCAGUUUUUUGCACUGAUUUCGAGAUCUGAUUGGUAGCUCAAACGGGAAAACUAAAGGUUUGAGUAUCUGGGUUUUUCUUGAAUCUUAAUUCCCGCACAGACCCAGUUUUUUGCACUGAUUUCGAGAUCUGAUUGGUAGCUGAAACGAAAACUAGGGAUUCGGGUAUUUGAGUGUGUGGGUUUUGUUAAAAAGAUCACAGCUUUCAGGACUAAUCCAUGAAAGGGUCGGAUCUGAUUGGUAGCUGAAACGAAAACUAAGGAUACUUGAGUGUGUGGGUUUUGUUAAAAAGAUCACAGCCUUCAGGACUAACCCAUGAAAGAGUCGAAUCCAAUCACUGAGCCCAUAGGGCAGAACCUAAUAAAAUUGAUAGGCAAUGUGUGUUUCUCAGUGUUUGUAUUCUCAGUGCUCAUAUUUACAGUGAUUGCCAUCACCUACCAACCUCCAGACCCAUGGCUUGAGUCAGCUCCUGCCCUGACCAAGCUAUUCACCCAAUCUGAAAAUGCCACCUUCCAAAAUGACAAUUCUAUCCUCAAAACUGGGGAAGAUUUCCCCUUGGUGCAUGCCUUGGCGCCUGAACGCAUGCCGAUUACCGAGGCGGUGAUUAAGGAAACUGAAGAGAAGAUUGCCACUACGACCCCUGAAUCACGAUCCGGUUGUGAUGAAUUACAGGAUGUUGUGAAUUGUUCAGACCCAAGAGUUCUGAUAGCAGUUGAGAAGUUCAAUUUGCGGGUUUUUAAGUCCAUUGUGUUUUUGGAGUAUCAGACAACGGUUAAUGGGUCGAAACCGGAUGAGUGUGACAUGGCGUGGAGGUUUAGAAAUAAGAAAGAGAAGUCUUGGAGGAAGUAUAGGGAUUUUAGGAGGUUUAAAUUUGGAAUCGGAGAGAAUUGUACGUAUAAAGUGGUGCAGGCGGGUGCAUGGCAUUCUGGUGUCAAUGCUCGGCGGCCUAGGAGUAGAAUCAGUAAUGGCAUGAGGAGGGGUGGUGGGAAUAAUGCUAAGAUUGCACCCCCACCAAUGCGGGAUGAGGAGAUCAAUGACACAAUCCCAAGUUUAGGGUUGAUGAAUUUCAACAAGGGGAGGUACCUGUACUAUUCACGCGGAGGGGAUUAUUGUAAGGGAAUGAAUCACCACCUUUGGAGUUUCUUAUGUGGUUUAGGGGAGGCUAUGUACUUGAAUAGAACAUUUGUGAUGGAUUUGAGUAUAUGCUUGGCGGCAACUUAUAAUCCAAGUAAUAAAGAUGAGGAGGGAAAGGAUUUCCGGUAUUAUUUUGAUUUUGAGCAUCUUAAGGAGGUAGCAUCGAUUGUGGAGGAGGGUGAGUUUUUGGGAGGCUGGAAGAAAUGGGAUCGAAGCCAUAAAAGGAAAGUUCCUACUAGGAAGGUUGUGAGCUACAAGGUGACGCCAAUGCAACUUAAGAAAGAUAAGAGCACAAUUGUAUGGAGGCAGUUCGAUGCACCAGAGCCGGAGAAUUAUUGGUAUAGGGUAUGUGAAGGGCAAGCUGCCAAGUACAUCCAGAGGCCAUGGCAUGCUCUUUGGAAAUCAAAGAGAUUGAUGAAUAUUGUUUCAGAGAUCAGUGGGCGAAUGGACUGGGAUUUUGAUACGGUACACGUGGUUCGAGGGGAGAAGGCACAGAAUAAAGAGCUAUGGCCUCAUCUGGACUCUGAUACAUCCCCUGACAGGCUCCUUGAAAAGCUUAAAGUUAUGGUUCAGCCAUGGAGGAAGCUGUAUAUAGCCACCAAUGAACCCUUUUACAAUUACUUCGACAAACUGAGAUCUCAGUACAAGGUGCAUUUGCUUGAUGAUUUUAAUGAAUUGUGGGGAAAUACAAGCGAGUGGUACAAUGAGACAAUGCUUCUAAAUAAUGGACGACCAGUUGAGUUUGAUGGUUACAUGAGAGUUGCUGUGGAUACUGAGGUUCUUUAUAGGGGAAAGACACGUGUGGAAACAUUCUAUAAUUUGACCACAGAUUGCAAGGAUGGAAUCAAUACGUGCUGAACAGCUCGUAUCUGUAAUGUUUUAUGAUGGGCCUGAACCCAGAAGCUUCGUGAAAGAUUAAUAUAGAAUGAGAACUAAGUUUAUUAUAAGGUGGAAAAAAGAAAACAAUUAAUAGGUAGGGGAAGAAAGCUGUGCAAAUGAUUGGACUGCCAGGCAAUGAAAGCUUUUUGUUCCGUGUAGCACGCACAUGGAAUUUACCUCUCACACAGGAUGAUAUUGGAAGACACCAGUGCUUUUUCUCUUGUGCUAUGUAACGAGAAACAGGGUACUUUGCUCUUUUGGCUUGUAGUUGCAAUUCCUGUACUUGAGAUUCCUUAUAUCUAUUCAUUUGGUGUCUAUUGAACAAUGAAGUUAGUUUUGGUUGA